AUGGCCGCUGCUUUGUUCGCUAAUGGAGAAAUCGCCACCGUCAAGCCCUCUGCCAACAGCCGUUAUUCUGCCGUCUACAGUGAAGUACAGAAUAGCCGCCUCGAUCACCCUCUCACUCUUCCCUCCGUCCUCAGAAGCGCCUUCAAAGUCGUCGAUGGACCACCUAGCUCCGCCGCCGGCAACCCUGAUGAAAUUGCCAAAUUGUUUCCAUCCAUGUUUGGACAACCAUCUGCAAUGUUGGUACCAGGUGCUUCAGGUGAUACCCCAUUGGUUCAAGGCUUGAAGAUUGGAGUGGUUUUGUCUGGAGGGCAAGCUCCAGGAGGACACAAUGUUAUUUCUGGAAUUUUUGAUUACCUGCAGGAUCAUUGCAAAGGGAGCACAGUGUAUGGGUUCAGAGGUGGACCAGCUGGGAUCAUGAAAUGCAAAUAUGUGAUUUUGACCCCAGAGUAUAUUUAUCCUUACAGGAAUCAGGGUGGAUUUGAUAUGAUUUGCAGUGGAAGGGACAAAAUUGAGACUCCAGAGCAGUUUAAGCAAGCUGAAGAAACAGCACUUAAGCUUGAGUUAGAAGGGCUUGAUGUAAUUGAUGACUCAAACACAAAUGCUUGCCUUCUGGCUGAAAACUUUAGGAGUAAAAAUCUGAAAACUAGGGUCAUUGGAUGUCCAAAGACCAUUGACGGUGACUUGAAAUGCAAAGAGGUUCCCACAAGUUUUGGGUUCGAUACUGCAUGCAAGAUAUUUGCUGAAAUGAUUGGGAAUGUCAUGGUAGAUGCCCGUUCAACUGGAAAAUACUACCAUUUUGUUCGACUUAUGGGGCGUGCUGCUUCACACAUUACCUUGGAAUGUGCUUUGCAGACUCAUCCAAACAUCACUCUUAUUGGAGAAGAGGUUGCUGCAAAUAAACAGACUCUUAAAAGUGUUACAGACUACAUUGCUGACGUGAUCUGCAAACGUGCAGAACUAGGACAUAAUUAUGGUGUGAUACUCAUCCCAGAAGGGCUUAUUGAUUUCAUCCCGGAGGUCCAGCAUCUCAUUGCAGAACUAAAUGAAAUAUUGGCUCACGAAACUGUAGAUGAAGCUGGUCUUUGGAAAAAGAAACUCGAACCCCAAUCUCUUCAGCUUUUUGAACUUUUACCUCCAGCAAUCCAGGAUCAAUUGAUGCUUGAGAGAGAUCCACAUGGAAAUGUCCAGGUUGCCAAAAUUGAGACAGAGAAAAUGCUCAUUCAAAUGGUUGAAACUGAGUUGGAGCUAAGGAAGCGAGCAGGUGUUUAUAAAGGCCAUUUCAAAGGACAAUCUCACUUUUUCGGAUAUGAAGGAAGAUGUGGUUUACCAUCUAAUUUUGAUGCCACGUAUUGUUAUGCUUUGGGUUAUGCUGCUGGAGCACUACUUGAAAGUGGAAAGACUGGAUUCAUAUCAUCAGUGGGAAACUUGGCUGCACCAGUUGAAGAAUGGACCAUUGGCGGAACAGCAUUGACCUCGUUGAUGGAUGUUGAAAGGAGACAUGGGAAGUUCAAGCCUGUCAUAAAGAAGGCAAUGGUCGAGCUUGAAGGUGCCCCAUUCAAGAAAUUUGCAUCAAUGCGAGAAGAAUGGGCUCAUAACAACCGAUAUAUCAAUCCUGGUCCCAUUCAAUUUGUUGGCCCGGCAUCUUAUAAAACUAAUCACACCUUACUGUUGGAGCUUGGGGCACAAGUAUAA